GGCACGUUGAGGGAGAACGGUUAGGUACUUUAGUUGAUGUAGUAAAAAUUUGUUACUUUUGCGUGUAGUGCAAAAUUUUAGCAACUUCUGUGGAUUUAAUUUUGAGGACUUUAACCAAUGGUAGAUAACAAAUGAUUCUGAGGAUUUAAUUUUCUCUUGGGGAAAAUACAGAGAUUUGCAACUUCCAAUGCUUGGGAUCACGUUGUAGAGCAGAGGUGCGGGAGGCAAACGCUGACACUGAAAUUCAAACUUCAAAUAGUAUAUAAGCUCAUUGUUUUGAGAGCCCUCUUAUUCAUUUUCUUGGAUUGUGUAAGAUAUUAAGUUCUAGAAAUAGUAUAUACUAUUAAUCAAGUCAACUACUAAAAAUAAGUAAGUAUGCUGUAGUACUUUGUGUAGGAAAACUGACUAGGUGAUAUUUUUAGUAGCUGUGGUUUACAUGUUGAAUAAUAAUGUAGUAGAAAAAAACAAAACAGAGGCAGCUUUUGGAAAAGAAAACUAUGGGCCAUAAUUGACCAAACAUAGAUAAUUAAGGAGGUAUCUUCUGAAAUAUGAGAAAAGUUAUUAUCAUACCUUGUUGGCUUGUCAAUCCAAAACAUUGUUUUGUCUGGUAUACUUAAUUAGUCAAGACUUUUGAUUGUACAAAAUUAAAAGUCAUCGAUUGCCUUGUCUUGUUGUCUCUUUGCUGGUUAUUUUUUUGUCUAGUUCUGUUGAUGAUGAUCACUCCAAGAAACUUCAAAGAACCUCUCUGAUCCGAGAGUUCUAUAUGUCAACAAGCUCUUUUCUGAUGUCCAUGUAAGUGAUCAAGUUCUGUUUCUGGAACAAUCUUCAUAAAUUAGUCAAUUAGUUACAGUUGAUGUAUUAGUCAAUUAGACAAAAGUAAUAUUGUUUUCAGGAGAGAUCCGUUUAGUUCAAUAGAAAUCUGAGCUCCUUUUCAGGUUGUGAUGGAUCAAAUUCGGGGUUUGCGGUUUCUAGGCCGAGGAGAAACAUGUUCUCGAGUUGUUCUUCUCAUGGUUCUGGUUGUUGCCUUCGUUUUAGGCCUUCAGUAUUUCGAGCUCGCUCCAUUAUCUAUUGUUUCACCUGGAAACGGAAACGUUUAUAAGUUCAGAGAUUCCAAUAACACCACCAAAAGUGCUGAAAAUGAAACGUUUCUUGCAUCUCAAGAAGAAGCAUCGUAUGGAUUCAAACCAAAUAAUAGCACAAGGGAAGUCUUGAAGAGUUUUGAGCACAAGUUUUUGAAUGAUUCUCCCAAAACAGAAUCUUCUCGGCAAAGUAAAGGCAAUGAAACCACCACUAGUUCUCUGCAUUCUCUUCAACCCAAAAUCCCUAGAAUCCGCAAGAAACAUGAGCAGAGGAACACCAAAAAGCCACCUUUAGUUGUCAUAUCAAUAACUCAGAUGAACAAUAUGAUGUGGAAGCGGCAUAAUGAUCCAAAAAAUUCACUUGCACCUCUUUGGGGAUCAAAAGUGGACGAAGAGCUUAAAACUGCAAGAGACGAGAUUAAAAAAGCAGCUUUGGUCAAGAAGGGUGAUACCCUUUAUGCGCCUCUCUACCAUAACCUAUCCAUUUUCAAAAGGAGCUAUGAGCUAAUGGAACAGACUCUGAAAGUGUACGUCUACGCGGAAGGGGACAGACCAAUCUUCCAUCAGCCAGAGGCAAUGAUGGAAGGGAUUUACGCAUCAGAAGGAUGGUUUAUGAAACUAAUGGAGAGUAGCCAUAGAUUCUUGACGAAAGAUCCCACCAAAGCUCAUCUAUUCUACUUGCCUUUCAGUUCCAGAAUACUUCAACAGAAACUUUACGUUCAUGAUUCUCAUAGUCGUAGAAAUCUUGUUAAAUAUCUUAGGAACUACAUCGAUCUUAUCUCUUCCAACUACCCUUUCUGGAAUAGAACUCACGGCUCUGAUCAUUUCUUCACCGCUUGCCAUGAUUGGGCUCCAGCUGAGACUAGAGGGCCAUACAUGAACUGCAUUAGAUCACUCUGUAACGCUGAUGUCGGAGUAGACUUCGUAGUCGGAAAAGACGUCUCUUUGCCGGAAACAAAAGUCUCUUCGUCACAAAACCCAAACGGAAAAAUUGGAGGAAACCGUCCUUCCAAGCGAACCAUCCUCGCCUUCUUCGCCGGAAACCUACACGGUUACGUCAGACCCAUCUUGCUUAACCAUUGGUCUUCAAGACCCGAACCAGAUAUGAAAAUAUUUAACCGGGUCGAUCACAAAUCGUACAUCCGGUACAUGAAACGAAGCAAGUUCUGCGUUUGUGCUAAAGGUUACGAGGUGAAUAGCCCUAGAGUGGUGGAGUCGAUUCUUUACGGCUGCGUUCCGGUGAUUAUCUCUGAUAACUUUGUGCCACCGUUUCUUGAGAUUCUGAACUGGGAAUCUUUCGCUGUAUUUGUGCCGGAGAAGGAGAUUCCUAAUCUGAGGAAGAUUCUUAUAUCGAUCCCGGUGAGGAGAUACGUGGAGAUGCAGAAGAGGGUGUCGAAGGUCCAAAAACAUUUCAUGUGGCAUGAUGGUGAACCGGUUCGGUACGAUUUAUUUCAUAUGAUUCUUCAUUCGGUUUGGUAUAACCGGGUUUUUCAGACGUUUUAGCCAUAUGUUUUUAACCAGGAUUAUCGGUUGGAUUGUUACAUCAAUUUACUUACUCUCUCUGUUAUUUAACUACAUCAAAUUAAGAUUGUAGAUUACUGAUUUUUAUUA